CAGAACCCUCAAAUACUGGACAGUCCAGUUCAAAACCUGACACCUGGAAACCCACUGUGCAAGAACUGGCCAGUGGUGGAGUUUGGUGUGUUGUGCAGUGGUUGUGGAGUGUGUGAGAGAAGGGCUGUGUGUGGAGGGAAUGUGGUGUGUUGUGUUGAUGCAUGGUAUAGUUGUUAUUGAAUUUGGUGUGCGAGUUGUGAAGGCCUCAAGUUUUGUGCUGUGUAGUGAGGUCAGUGUGGCUGUGCUGUGGGGGCCUCCUAUGGUUCUGGGUGUGCGUGUUUCUCUGUGGGGGCCUCCUAUGGUUCUGGCGUGCGCGGGUCACUGGUUGAGAGGGGCUCGUGGCUGGCUGUGCUGCGAGGGGCUAGGCAGGGGUCGCUGUGGUCCGGAGGGAUUUGACGGGCCCCACCGGUGGGAGAGGGCCCGGCCCCCUCUCUUUCGGGCCUGCCCGGCGGCUGUUUCCGGAGGCGGGACGCGCGGCCCGGGCCAGGCCGGCGCGGCCGCACAGCACACGGGGCGGCACAGAGAGGAGCUGCUGGGCCAUGCAGGCGGAGCGCGGUGGAGGCGGCGGCCGGCCCCGGCGGGGAGGGGGCAGGCGCAGGCCCGGCGGCGGGGACAGAGCAGCGGAAAGCGGCGGCGGGGGCGGCCACAGCCGAGGAGGCGCGGGCCGCGGAAGAGGCGGCGCUCGUGGGCACGCAGGAGGCGGGGGCCGAGGCAGCCGAGACCCUCGGGGCAGGGGGGGUGCGCCUCCCCCCCCUGGUCGUUACCACAGGCGGGCAGAUGAUGAUGGUGGUGAUGAUCCUGAAUCACAAGAAGAAGAGAAGGAUGAACUGAAAGGCUAUUCAAGAAGAAAGAUAGUCUCCAACUGGAAUCGUUAUGAAGAUGCUGAGAAAGAGGCACAAAAUGAAAGUGGAGAAUCUCAGAGGGGAACAGACUUUAGUGUUCUGCUUAGCUCAGCAGGAGAUUCCUUCACACAAUUCCGAUUUGCAGAAGAAAAAGAAUGGGACACAGGGAGCAUAGGCCCUAAACAGCUAUCUGCGCUUUACGUUGACUGUCAGUCUUUGGUCAAGGCCCUUCAGGAGCUUCCUCUGCAUCUCAGGUUGAAUGUGGCUGCUGAAAUGGUGCAGGCAUCAACACCCACAGAACUCCCUCAGAUAAAAUCAAAAAGUAUUGAAGACAGCAAGAGGAGAGUGACUCAGUUUCAACAGCCAUUGGGUCAAAGUGGAAUAGCAUCAAUCUCUGAUCCUGUUACUGAUUCUGUUGUCCAUUUGAUGUCUUUAAGUAAAGAUGAACCUGGAACAACUCCUUCAGAAUCUUUUCAGAGAGGCUGUUCUAUAUCACAGAAAGAGGCAGAUAAUUUGGACGAAGAACUAGAUUUACUCCUAAAUUUAGAUGCUCCUGUUAAUAUGGAAAGCAAUUUUCUGUCAGAAACCGACAACACAACAGCUGAGAGAGAUUUGAAAACGGAAAAUGUUCUGCUAAAGUUGGAUGUGACGGAAGAACAGAGUCCAGGAUCUGAUCACCAGAAAACAGCAUCUAAAAACAUUACUGAGGAAGACCUUGAGGAUUGGUUGGAUAGCAUGAUCUCCUAAAGGAAAAGAAGAAUGCCUGAAGUCCACAUUUCAUUGUCAUGCAAAUAAAUGAACAUGGCAGAAGUUAAGUGCAAAUGUCAGUCUAAAAGAAUUCACUGCCUGCUUCAUCUCAAUGAUUUAAUAUACUGCAUGCCUACUUUUAUUCCAGCCAAUAUUUGAAAUAACAUAUCUAGGAGCUCUCUGAACAAAAAAGUCUAACAUUUCAUUUUAAGAUCCUUCUUAAUGAACUCAAAUGUAAAUAGAACUUUUUUCCCAAAAAAUGUAUGCUUAUAUGGUGUAAGCAGCAAAAUACACUGGCAGAAGAACAUUUGUUUCAUCUUGUACUUGGUAUCUGCAGUUCCAAAAAUAAAAUAGUGUUAGUAAAUA